UCACUUCAUUCCAGCUUCUCCAAUCUAAAUUCACAAGGGCUUCCCCUAAACCUCCUGAAACCCACCAAAGGGAGGUCGGAACACUGUCCUUUAGCAAAGGUUUGACACAUGAGGUGGGUCGCUGCCAAGAAAUGCACAAGAAGGAUCGUGCCAAGAUAGAACACGGACAGAGGAGAGGGUCCAGGGUGAAGGAUAUGGUGGCCAGAUUUGUCAUGGCUGAGGAGAAAGGACGAGGACAGAGGACAUCUGAGAGACAGACCGUCAAGCCAAGACUUCUGGGAAAGGGGAGUCUCUUAUCCUGCCUGAAGGAAAGGUUUGAGAGCAUGGCCACGGUACGUCAUGAAGGUGAUUUAAAAGAUUCACACAGGAGAUCUGACAGGGAGAUGAUGAGUGGUGGUAAAGAUAAGGUUGCCUGUUAUGAAAAAGGGCAACAGCAGGUGAGAGAAGAAACUCUUCAUCAACUCGUUCAACUACAGAAAAUAAAAAGCAAAACCUCAACAGAGUCCUCGAACAGAAACCAAAAUGGGAAUCAGCUUAAAAGAAGAGCAGAGGAGGACGACGAAGUGAAGUCAGACCUGAGAGAGGAGACCGGCUCUGAGUCACCUCGUCUUCUGGACCUGGGUGAAGAACAUGAAUAUACUGACGACGAUCAGGAGUCAUGUGAGUGCAGAGAAGUUCAGAGCGCAGCAGAUGAGACUCGACCUUUUAUCGAACCGUCCUUCAAACAUGGCUCUACGGCGCUGCUGUGUCUGACCUCGGUUUCACAGUGGUCAGGACCAGAACCUCACAGACUCAGUCCACAGGUACUGACCCCCCUGGAGUGUCAUGUUGUGACCAUUACUACGUGCUGUCCAACAUGGUCGUCAUGCCGUGAUGUCACACCUAAACAACAUCUGCAUGAAAACAAGAGUUCACACAUAGCUCCAGCACAAUACACUCACGGUGACUCAAAAGCAGGAAAAAGCUACGAGCUGUUCCCUCUUUCCUCAGAAGAACCUAACGUCCAGGAAACGAACACGGACACAGACAUUGAACCCAUGGUGACCAAAGCAGCAGAGGGUCAUCCGAGGCCACAGACCGGUCCAAAAAGUUUUCACCAAUACGUCAUCCCUCGUGUUUACAGAUCUGAUCUUCAACCAAGUCCAGAACAGAAAAAUAAUUCACUUCUGUCUGAACACGUCAGAACAGAAGCACAGAACACACCAGAGUCUGAAAACGGUGAAAUGGAAGUGAAAACUCUGGAAAAAUCCCUGGACCCAAGCCUUUCAUCUGAAACGGUUUUUCAUAACACACCUUGCACCAAACCAGCAGAAACUGAACAACAAGAAAACGCUGUUAAGUCCGAGGAAGAAAAAGUGAAUGAAACUCCACUUGACAAAGAGUUUGACACGACUAAAAUCUCUUCUCAUAACUUCGAUGUCCUUCGACGUAUGACAGAAAUGGAACCAACAGAACCUGAACCUGAAGUAAAGGCCCAGAGGCUGAAGGAGGAACCACAGAAACAAAGUUUAUUAGCCUUUGGUAACAGGACUGAUAAACACAUGUCUAAUGACGUCUCUCAUCCUAAUGGAUCAGAAACAAAGUCAACAGAGAAUCAACCACGACAAAAAGUCACUGAAUCUGGGCACAAAAUAGAAACUCUGACUCUAGCAGAAAGUCAUGACAUUUCUAAACACAAACCUUCGAAUAAAAACGUUUGUCAUGAUGUUGAAGAAGUGACAACAGCAGACGUUAAGGAUGUCAAACAGGUGGAGAGGAGAGAAGAGGAAGGACAGAGUCCCGUGGACAGUGAGGUGGAGUCUGGAGGCACCGGGACAUUUGAGGGAUCGGUACCUGGCACUGAACCUGAGCUGGAGGCGUCAUCUCCGAGGCCAAAGUACAAAACCAUCAACUACGCAGAUCCUUCUGUCAAAAAGUCAUUUAAACCCAAGAUCAUACGCUUCACAGACACCUUCACCUUUUAGGUGGGUACAGGACAGAGGGACGGAGUGUGGACUCAGAGGACAGGACGGUGUAUGCAGGGACAGCACUGGUAUUUAUUUAUGUAUUUAUUAUUUAUUGAUUUCCAGACAUUUAUAUAACAGGGAGGAAAUGACAAACAUAAAUGAUGAAUAAAGUAUCUGUGUUACCCAACCAUUCAUUCAAAUCUCCUGUGUUGACGUGUAUUUGUAGUUUUGGAAUAUUUGCUAGUACACACUGAAUGUUUUCAGUAUCCUGUACAACCGGGGUGUCCACACUUUGUUUGGCACAGGAGCUUCUGUUCAAAUGACGAGACUAAAUUGAUCAACCUACAUUGAAAACACUGAAUAUUUAUUUGCUCAAAUAAAGUGAAUAUAUUUAAUAUAAAUAUUCUAUGUUGGGGUACUGAUUAAAUGCAUGAAGUACCCGAGUACUCCCUCUGCGAUCUACUGGUAGAUCCCGAUCCACUUAUUGGCCACCUCUGCUGUACACUAUAGAAUCAAAUUUAGUUUAAUUUAACAAAUAAAUACUAGAGCCACCUAGUGGAAGAAGUGGUUAGUGGAUUUGCGUUUCCUGAGUGGUUCCCAAACGUCAUCUUCAUCACAAUCAGAUCUUUGACUAAUGACCGAGCCUCAUAGAAAACAGCGUCAGUACUUGGACUAAGAAUGAUUCGUAAACUGCGCUAAAAGUGAAUUUAAGUAACUACGUACAUAUAAGAUGUAAAACCGUUCCGCUAAACAACAUUGUGGAACCACUAAUUUGAGAACAGGAGGCCAAUGAGACCGCUACACCUGUCGUUAGCAUUAGCACCGGUAGAGCUAAACCUACACAGAACGUAAACAAAGUCGGAGGUCAGCGAUUUAAAGUCAUUUUAUCAACAAGAAUCGUUCGUUUGGCUCCACCAGAGAAGGAUGCAGUCACCUGGGAGGAUUUAAUUUCUACUGAAGAAAAAUAAAACCCACAGACAAACUUUUACCGACUGAACGGUCCAGUUAGUUUAACUGGUAUCUGAGAGGGACUUGACCCAGAGGUGGACAAAUGAAUGGAGUCUGACCUGCAGUUAUUCUGAAGUCAUUCGAUGCCCUCCCCCCCCCCAGCCAUCCUCUCCCAUGCUGACUUUCUUAAGACACCUACACCAGAACACAACUGCAAGACUUCGGAGAGGUUGGAAUUGUGGAAGUAGUUUGGGUAUGACAACUCAAUAUAAGAGAAUACUUUCAAUGAGUCAACAUAAUUUUCACCUCAUUUUAAAUAUUAUUAACUCUUUUUUACUCUAAUUAGUCCCGCCUCCUGUUGGAGGCCAGACAAUAUCACACCUAGAGACUGGAAAUAUUUCACAGUUUCACCUGCAGCUGCACGGUUUGACGAAAGUCUGUGGUUGCUUCACAAAGCUUGGGAAACAGACAGACGUUUUUUUUUUUUUUGUUCGUAGGCGUGUGGUCAGGUAGUUCUGUAAAGCACUGCCGUUUGUUUAUGGGCCAGGCAGCAGCUAUUGGCUAACAACCCACUAAACCGGACGUUGCAGGAUAUUCAAACAGUGUUUGUAAAACAUGCACCGUUUGUGGCCGGUUGAAACCUGCAACUGAGAUGUCACUAGGAGAAGGAUGUACGCUAACGGCUAAGGACAUGUUGAAAAGUCGCGUGUUGGUCCUUUUUAGCAGGAUCGUAAAGAUGUAGAGAGCAGAGUUGGUGGAAGUGGACGAGUUUAGGUUCAAAGUGUCCACUGAAGAAGACGGUCAGACACAAUGAUAUCAUCAGUGACAGCCCUCGGUGUCAGUCAUCAUCUGACUGUGAGGCUUCAUGUGACACUCAUGGUCCUGUGAAAACCAUCUGACUGGCACACACACACACACACACACACAACAGACAACAACAACAACAACUCACAUGAAUAUACAGUACUGGUUUCUGUGUUUUAUGUGCACUUUUACCAAUCUUAGUUCCUACUCCAAGUCUAAUCUAAGCCCAACUCAAAUCCUAACUCUCAACUAAAUCUUUAAAACCUUCAGAUCCUCUCUCACUCAGUCGGGACCAGCAACAUGUCACUGCUCUGAAACACUACUCUAGCAGGUCAUGAUGACGGUGUUUUGUGGUUUCAAAGGAAUGCGGGUCGGUGUUCUGAUGGAAAAAUUAACCAGGAAGCUGUAAUUCCACCAGUGUUUGUCACCGUGUCAUGUGACAUCAUAGUGUCAGCUAAAAUUCACUGUCGGUGGCUAGUAGUCACAUGGAGAAGUGUGUGUGUGUGUGUUUAUGAAAUUAAAAUGAAUUCAUGUGGUCACU